AUUAGAACAAGCAUAAAAUGACCCAGAUCUCUGACUUGAAACACACCCAUUUCUAUAAAUCAACUUCCCUUUUCUUUUUACAACGAUAGCCCUAACAUUUGUUAUUUUUAUUUAGAGUUUAAGGAAAAAAAAACAAAAAUCAAGAAAACCAUGGUCAGGCAUAUCCAGUUGUCCACAAGUCUUCAAUUCUUUGGGGCCCUGCGGAUAUGGAUGAAGUGAGUAAAAGAGGGUUGAACCUGGAAGUUGCUUUUACUGAUUGAAGGAACUCACAGAAAGAUAUGGUUGGAGGUGGAGGAAUAGGAAUUGGAGCAACUCCCAGAUCAGUUUCGCUUUUGCCCCACAACAGAUUUCGACCCCCAAAUUCAAAUCCAAUUCCUAGAAAUAGAACCCAUUUUCUAGAAAGAAAUAGAAUUCCACCCACCAAGUUAUCUGUCCACAAGUUUUCCCCUAUCCGCAUCCCUUCCUUCUCCAUUAAAGCUACUGCUUCUUCAGUAGGAAAUACAGAAUAUGUGGAGGAGCCUGCUACAAAUGUGAAAUUUCAAUCAUCUUUGAGUCUUCCUGGUUGCCCAAGUUCAUUAUCUUUGAUUGGAACAGGAUUCAGAGAAAAAGUUUUUGCAAUAAUAGGCGUUAAGGUCUAUGCCGCUGGACUAUACCUAAACCCCUCUAUCUUGGAUAAGUUAGAAGCCUGGAAAGGACGAAAUGCAGCUGAAAUUCAAGAGGAUUCAUCUUUGUUCAACUUAAUCUAUCAGGAUCCUCUAGAGAAAUCAUUACAGAUAGUUCUAGUCAGAGAUGUUGAUGGCAAAACUUUCUGGGAUGCUCUAGAUGAAGCCAUCUCCCCAAGAAUCAAAUCACCCCAAGUUGAUGAAACUGCCCUCUCCACAUUCCGUGGGAUCUUUCAAAAUCGGCCAUUAAAGAAAGGAACUUCCAUAUUCUUGACUUGGCUUCACCCCUCCAAAAUGCUAGUUCACUUAUCAGCCGAAGGGAUUCCAUCGGCUGCAGAUGCCACAAUCCAAUCAGAAAAUGUGACAAUCUCCCUCUUUGACGUAUUUUUUGGCCGUGGCCCUGUUUCUCCUUCCUUAAAAGCUUCAGUUAGCAACUGUUUGGCUUCAAUUCUCAGAUAAACUCAGUGAUCUGUUAGUUUCAUGAUACUUUAUUUCUAACGAGUAGGAACUUCCUGAACUGAGUCCUUGUUAGAUUUCCGAACAACAAAAAGAGUGGUGACCGUGAUUAUGAUCAUAGAAGGUGAUCUUGUUUGAUCU